AUGGAUAUCGGCGGCGCAGAGCUCGUCGGCAACAUGUGGCUUGCCGGCGGCGGCGCGAGCAGAGCUCAGCGACGACGCGUGGAUGUUGGCGCCGCGGAGCUCGCCGGCAACACGGGGCUCUCCGGCGGCAGCGUGCGCGGAGCUCAACGUGAUCUUGUCAAGUUUAAGCUUAGAGCUCAAGCAGGGGUUCCAAACUUAUCUCUUUCACCAAGAAAACAACCUCCUCUGCAGGCACUGCCGCACUGUUCAUGCCUAACGAAGCUCCCAUGUGACAGUACCAUAGAGAUCAGGCCUCCUUUCUUCGUUGGUACUCCCGGUCUCGAUCCAGCCUGUAGGAAAUCGAUUAACGUUAGCUGCGGUGACUUAGGUCCAGAGCUGGGCCUCGUUACGCCCAGCAAGCUACUCCUCAAGGAAAUUUCUUACGGUACCGGUACCAUAAGAGUUCAGGAUGUUGAGCUCAGCAUACUCAAGAAUUUGUCCUGCGGUCUCAUGUUCAGCUUCACGCCGCCUGUCUCCGACUUCCUGAGCAGCUAUUUAGACUUGGCGAGGUGGUUCUCGUUGAUCAACUGCGGCGACAGCAACCAGACACUUUUCCAGUUCCAGAGCAUGUUUGGGGAUGACAAGGAUGUUCACCAAAGCACAGAGCCGGACGAUGGGCACAGUCUUGUUGCUUCAUGCCAUGCAUCUCCGCAGUUCGAAUGGAUGCUAAGCUUCAGUGUCGGUGUUGGGCAAAUCCCCCAGGUCAAUUUCUCAGUGCCAUCGGCAAGCAUAAGGAAGUUUCUUUCAUCACCUUCGGAUUGUAUUUCACCUUCCCCUGGAGAUGGAGGUCGCAGUAAGAAGUAUGGCACCAGGUUGCUCAUGGCAGCGUUCAUAUCUGCAACUUCUGGGAUGCUCUUAGCAUGCUCUUUUGCUAUGCUGAAGCCACUUUGGAAAAAAUCAUUCCUUUUUCAGAGAAAGAACCGUGAAGCUGAAGCAAAUAUUGAGUUGAUGCUAUCAAGAUAUGGGAUAAGACCCAAAAGAUACAGGUACACUGAGCUGAAAAGAAUAACAAGGUCUUUCAGUGAAAAACUAGGGGAAGGAGGAUACGGCAUGGUUUUCAAAGGCGAGCUUAGUGAUGGACGCUUGGUUGCUGUCAAACUACUUCAUAACUCAAGAAGCGAUAGAGAAGAAUUUGUCAACGAGGUUGUAAGCAUCAUGAACACCUCUCAUGUUAACAUAGUUUGCCUACUUGGAUUUUGUUUGGAAGGAUCAAAACGAGGUCUCGUGUAUGAGUACAUGACCAAUGGAUCAUUGGAGCGAUACAUCUAUUCUGAAAAUCCAAAAUCCGCUCUAGGGUGGGAAAAAUUAUAUGAAAUAGCAAUUGGCAUUGCACGAGGGUUAGAUUAUUUGCACAGAGGGUGCAAUAGACGCAUCAUCCAUUUUGAUGUCAAACCUCACAAUAUCCUUUUAGAUGAGAACUAUUGUCCGAAAAUUGCUGAUUUUGGCCUCGCCAAACUCUGUAACAUCAAGGAGAGUAUUGCUUCAAUGGCUGGUGCACGAGGAACCAUUGGCUUCAUUGCUCCAGAAGUAUUCUCUAGGAGUUUUGGUGUUGUAUCAACCAAGUCAGACAUCUAUAGCUUUGGAAUGGUGCUUUUGGAGAUGGUUGGGGGGAGAAGGAAUGUGCAAAUAAAUGCUAACAAUUCUAGCCAAGUCUAUUUCCCAGAAUGGCUUCAUGAUCACUUUAUCUAA